AUGGGCGGUCUUGUGAGCCCCGAGCCGAAUCCCUCAAGACUUCAGCUCACCGAAGAAUUGUGUUCGGCUGAUGAAUGCCUCAUCGAGAAGCAUUGGAGCGAAGAAGACGUUUGCGCUUAUGUGAGAUGUAAUAAAGACGCCUGUGAAGGUGGUGGCUACCUUCAAUGGUCCGCUUAUGUCAAAUGCGAAUAUCGAGAUGGAUUGAGGAUUUUCCUUAUUAUUAUCGGCAUCCUUUAUCUUCUGUUCCUCUUUAUUAUCAUGACUUAUGUUGCCGAUGACUUCUUCUCGCCGGCGAUUGCUGGAAUUGUUAAGCAUCUCCGAAUGAGUGAAUCCAUCGCGGGUGUUACGUUCUUAGCUUUUGGAAAUGGCGCGCCUGAUGUAUUCGGAUCAAUUGCUUCAGUAAUUGCUAGUCCGAAACCAAAAGCCGAUCUUGCGAUUGGAGACAUUCUAGGCGGCGGCAUUUUUGUCACUACGGUAGUUUUGUCCGCAAUCAUCUUCACGAAAUCCUUCAGAAUUGCGGCUCUCGCCACCACACGUGACAUCGUCUUUUUUUUGAUCGCUGAUAUUUUCAUUGCGAUCUGCUUCAUUUGUUACGAUCAUGUCUACACAUGGAUGCCGCUUACAUUUCUUGGAAUUUACGCUUUAUACGUGAUAUCGGUGAUAUUGAUGAGACUCAACUCAAUGAGGAGGAAACGAUUAAGGGCAUUGAGGAAAAUUCAAGAAGUCGAGGAGGGUUCAAGCACAUCUGGAACAAUCCACCAUCAUACGCAUAAAAUCUCAACGGUUAUCAAUUUCUUUAUGGACUAUGCGCAUGUUAUCAAAAUGCUACAUAUGCAUAAAUUUUCCACUAAUACUAAAUUCGCUAUUCCAACGGCCCAUAAAUCAAGUGAUUCGGAAUCACUAUUUGACUGGGAUGGCGAUGAUGAAGGUGAAGAAGCCGAAUUUGUCAUUGCACAUCGACACGUCUACACUUCAUACGAUCAAGCCAGCUUAGCAUUAUCUGAUAUGGAGGAGAUUCAUCCAACCAGCUGGAAGUCAUGGGAUUGGGUUCGCGACUUGUUGCACCAUAUCAGGCCGUACCCGACACAAGAGGAUCUCAGUGAGCUCAAUUAUUUCUCGAAGGUGGUUAGAGUGAUUGCUACUCUUCCGCUGUUCUUCAUGAAAAUAACAAUACCAUCGAAUGAGAUGUCAUAUUGCAAACCUCUUCUCAUACUUCAUUGUUUCGCUUCAGUGCAAUUUGCUUUAUUCGCAAUUCAAUUAUCCCAAAAAUCGCCGUUCCAUGGAAGUCCUGGACUUUGGCUAUAUGGUUUGGCAGUUUCAGCAGUGUUGUCAAUACUGGCACUCAUCUUCACACCGCUGUCAAGAGAGCAGAAAUAUUAUAAGGAAAUUUACUCCUAUCUUGGAUUCUUAAUGUCAAUUUGUUGGAUUUACGUCACAUCUUCUGAAAUCAUAAAUGUUAUCACAAUGAUUGGCGUAGCGACUGGAGUCUCCCAGGAACUUCUCGGUUUAACUAUUAUGGCGUGGAGUAAUUGUAUCGGAGAUGUUGUUGCCGACAUUGCCGUAGUCAAACAAGGGUACCCGAAAAUGGCGAUGGCUGCUGCCAUUGGUGGCCCUUUAUUCAACCUUCUCAUCGGAUUCGGACUUCCCUUCACAAUCGCUUGCCUUCAAGGAAAAGAUAUCGAACUCCAAAUCACUCCGGUUUACAAACUCCUUAUGCUAUUUUUAGCAAUUUCUCUAAUUACAAGCCUUAUAGCCAUAUUUGUGCAAAAGUUCAAGGUUCACUGGCAACAUGCUGUCGUCCUUCUCAUAGUAUUCGUCGCUUUCCUCAUCUUUAUCAUCCUCACAGAAACCAAUGUAUUGGUUUGGAACUAA